GGUAAACCGUGUACAAACAAUGGAGAAACACUCUGUAAUCAGCUUCAGUGUGUUGCCGAUAAAUGGGGAGUAAAUAGACAAGAAGGGAAGAACCCCACCUGGAAUAGGAUGGAGAGCGACUUCAGGACGCAGUUAACGAAUUUACUCAGUGGCAUGCAGGAUCAGAGGAAGCAGGAUCCUGAUGCCAAAUACUGCAACCACGACACGAAUAACCAAAAAUGGGACGAAAGCGACGCCCAUGACGCCGCAAACAAGACUGCUUGCAAACUUGUUGCAGCAGGGCUGCAACAUAUUUCGAGUAUUCAGGGAUCCUACUCCGUGAGUGAGAAAACCCCCUAUGAUAACCAAGAGUUCAAACAAUUCGUCUCCUGUUUAAUGUUAAGGGCAGUUGCGCAGCAAAUGAAAGAAAAAAGUAUAAUUUGCAACAUACAACCAGGAAUAGACGCCGCUUUUGCAAAGGCAGGAGCAAUUAAGAAGGACCAUUGUACUAACAAUAAACCCUGUAUUGUUUGCACAUUAGACGACAGAACUAAGGACGAGCUCAAUGAUUGCACCAUUCCCAAUGGCAAAGGCCCCCAUGUGAACGUUAAGCCUAAAUUGGAAUCAUUACUCACAGGAGAGGAGAGCAACGUCAAUAAAACCAUUCAGGACUUACUCAAAACGGACAAAUCCGGCACUCUAUGUCAACGUCUUCAAUGUUUAUCUUCAAAAGUAGAUGCACUUAAAUCACAAUCCCAGAGCAAUGCG